AAACGAGAAUUGAUCAAAACUCCUUCAAUAUCAAAGAAAAACAGAACAGGAAGCCCUGGACCACAGACCUCAUCUUUUUCUGGAAAGUGCAAUGUUAAAACGCGGGUCAGGUGGGGGUAAAACCAGCUACAGUCCUUACACAGUGGGUCAAAGGAAUAAAAAAACCAACUCCACCACUAAACCGAAAACCAAAGUGGACAUCCUGCCGAACAGACCCAACGUUUGGCUGAAGCAGCUUUCCGUUCUCCAGGAGCAGCCGCGGAAGGAUGCGUCCGAGUCGACCUCCGUGUUCCUGGAGCCCCCCUCCUGCCCUGGGACCCCGUCUCCGCUCAGCAAGCUGGCCGCCAGCACCUCCUCGGCCGGCAUGCUGAAGAGACCCACGGCCCUGAGUCGCCACGCCAGCGCGGCUGGCUUUCCCAUGCAGGCAGCGGGCACCUGGGGUUUCAGCAAGGGCCAGAGGGGGGCGCCCUCGUACAGCCCGACCACGGAGAGCAGCGACGGGACCAUCAUCGAGGUGGAAGACAUCUCCCAGCUGCUGCGCCAUGUGGCCAGAUUUGCAGAGAGCGUGGAGAAGCUCAAAGACAUGGUUCUAGGGGAAGAGAAGCUAGAGGGGCGCCGGCCGCUGGCUCACGAGUGUCUGGGGGAGGUGCUUCGGAUCCUGCGACAGGUGAUCAACACGUACCCGCUGCUCAACACCGUGGAGACGCUCACCGCCGCGGGCACGCUCAUCUCCAAGGUCAAAGGCUUCCACUAUGAGUCCGGUAUCGAGGCAGACAAGAAGGAUUUCGAGAAGGCCAUUGAGACCAUCGCUGUGGCAUUCAGCAGCAGUGUGUCUGAGCUGCUUAUGGGUGAAGUGGACAGCAGCACGCUUCUCUCUCUGCCUCCAGCUGAAAAAAGCAGGUCUAUGGAGAACCUGCAUGGAGGACUGCUGGGUCAGGGAGUGGACGUGACGGUGAUGAAGAGCGAGCUGCACGAGUUUGGCUUCCUGAGUGCGGAGGAAGUAGACAUCAUGCUGCAGCGAAGCGAAGGGGGCGUGUCCUCGGCGCUGCAGUACGCCAAGACCAUCUCCAAGUACAUGAAGGAGCUGCUGUGCUACGUGGAGAAGCGCACCUCGCUGGAGCUGGAGUUUGCGAAGGGUCUUCAGAAGCUCUACCAGUCCUGCAAGCACACCAUCAAUCAGGAGCCCCACAUGCCAUUCCUAUCAAUCUACUCUCUCGCCCUGGAGCAGGAUAUGGAGCAGAGCCACGGGGUGAUGCAGACUGCCAGCACCCUGCAGAACCAAACCUUCCUGCAGCCGUUGAUGCUGCGCAAACAGGAACACGAGAAGAGACGCAAGGAGUUAAAGGAACUGUGGCAUCGAGCACAAAGGAAGCUGAUGGAGGCGGAGUCGAACCUGCGCAAGGCGAAGCAGGCGUACAUGGCGCGCUGCGAGGAGCAUGACAAGGCGAAGCAAGUCACGAUCAAGGCUGAGGAGGAGCAGCAGGGCACCAGCAGCAGCAACACAACAAAAUCCCUGGAUAAGAAGAGGAGGCUGGAAGAGGAGGCCCGAAACAAGGCAGAGGAGGCCGAAGCCACGUACCGCACCUGCAUCGCCGACGCCAAGACCCAGAAGCAGGAGCUGGAGGACAUGAAGGUGAACGUGCUGAGACAGCUGCAGGAGGUCAUAAAGCAGAGCGACCAGACCCUGCGAUCGGCCACCAUCUCGUACUACCAGAUCAUGCACAUGCAGACUGCGCCCCUGCCUGUGCACUACCAGACCCUGUGUGAGAGCAGCAAGCUGUAUGAUCCGGGCCAGCAGUACGCCUCCUACGUGAAGCAGCUGCGCAUGACGGAGGAGCCAGAGGCACACUACGACUUCAAGCACUACGCAGCGACCGCUGCCAGCCUUUUGCCCGGCAGGUCACGGAAUGACAGCUUCAACACAGAUAUCCAUGGCAACACUGGCUCAGAGGCGUCGCCCACAGCCGAGGAGGCAGGGUCAGGAGAGGGCGGGGAUUCCAGCAAAGAACAGCAUGGCUGCACGGAGAGGAGGGGAGGGCGUGGCCACCAGUCCCACAAAUCGUGGCCGUCGGCAGUGAGUGACACGGACAGCGUGGGCGGAGGCAGUGGACUGGAGUCUCCCUCAGUCAGCUCAGGGGACAUCAGGAAGCUGCCCAGGACCUCCUCCACUGGCACCAUGUCUUCCAACGAGGAUCUGGAGGAGAAAGACUGCAAAGUGCCCUCCUUCGAGCAGGGUAUAAACGGGAUAGAGCCCGAGAUCACGGUUUCCACGGGUCCUUUCAGGAACAUCGGUCUCUCCAAGGCUGCCCAGACGCAUCGCCUGCGGAAACUGCGCACCCCAUCCAAGUGCAGGGAGUGUGACAGCUACGUGUACUUCCAGGGAGCUGAGUGCGAGGAGUGCUUCCUCGCCUGCCACAAGAAGUGCCUGGAGACCCUGGCCAUCCAGUGCGGGCACAAGAAGCUCCAGGGAAAGCUGCAGCUGUUUGGCAGGGACUUCACGCAGACUUCCCGGGACAGUCCAGAGGGCAUCCCCUUCAUCAUCAAGAAAUGCAUCUCUGAAAUCGAGAGGAGGGCCCUCAAGAUGAAGGGUAUUUACCGGGUGAAUGGGGUGAAGACCCGCGUGGAGAAGCUGUGCCAGGCCUUCGAGAACGGCAAGGAGCUGGUGGAGCUGUCCCAGGCAUCGCCGCACGACAUCAGCAACGUGCUGAAACUCUACCUGAGACAGCUGCCCGAGCCGAUCGUGCCCUUCCGGCUGUACAACGACAUGAUGGGCCUGGCGAAGGAGAGUCUGCAGGGCGCGGGGGGCCAGGAUGGGGAGGCAGUGAAGGGCCCUGAGCUGGUGGAUCUGGGGCCCGACACCGACAAGGAGGUGCUGGCCUCCGUACACAAGCUGUGUAAGCUGCUGAAGCAGCUGCCUGCCCCCAACAUCGCCACGCUGCAGUACAUCACCCGCCACCUGCGCAAGAUCUCCGAGGUGGAAGUGGACAAUAAGAUGAGCUCCAGUAACUUGGGCAUCGUGUUCGGCCCCACGCUGAUGCGCCCUCGACCCACGGGUGCCACGGUGUCCCUGUCCUCGCUCGUGGACUACCCGCACCAGGCACGCAUCAUCGAGACCCUCAUCGUCUUCUAUGAGACCAUCUUCGAACCCGGGACUUCCAGCUCCAGCAGGACCUGCAGUCAGGACUCUGCAGCCGAGGAGAGCCCUGAGCUGGGAGAGGAGGGGACCGAGGAGCAGGGUCCAGUGGACUCUGAUGACAGAGCUGAAGAGACGUGUAGGAAUUCUCUGGGCUCUUCAGGGUCGAAGGAACGCUCGCUGGAUUCAGACUCGGAGGACGAGACUCCUCCUCCACGCCUGAUGAAGCAGGAGAGCGAGACGAGCACCAAGCAGCUAUGCGAUCCAAUCGAGGACGAGAACCACGAGUCGGACAGUGAGGUCACAGAGGGCGAGGGGCAGGACCAGAACGGAUCGCUGGCAAAGCACAACACCAACCAAUCAAAUAAUACGUUGGCCAGCCCCACCCCCCUGCCAGUAGCUUGCCUGAAGGGAGGGAAGUUGGAAGUCCAUUGCAGUGAAGAACAAGAGCCUGUAUUUGUAUAGCCGCUGGUUCUCCACCGACAGAGAAAAAAACAUGCUUUAUUGAUCCAGAAGUUGGAAUUGUUGUUGUUGUUGUUUAUUAUUAUUAUUAUUAUUAUUAAUUCUAUUUUUGCUAACUCAAAUACAAACUGCCUUUAAAAAAAAAAGUUUAGAUGUUUAUAUUGCGCACUUCUUCAUGUGGAAAAACAUGGUUGCCACAGUCAUGUUCAAAAUAACGUAGCUGGACCGCAGAUUUUUUUCUGUCGAUUGUUAGCUGUCUCACAAAAACAGCAGGGAUGAUCGAUGUCUUUUGAGGGUUUUUUUUUUUUUUAAAGGCUUACAUUUGCCCCCUGCCAGUGAACCAAGUUUGUGUGCCGUAAUGAGCCAGCCAGCUACCUGGACCAGCAGGUGUAUUGGUGUCCUACAGCUGAACCAGUUUAUGGAUUGCCACAGGAGUGUCCGAUCGCGGUCCUGGACAGUCAUUCCAUUCCAAGUUUAACAAGUGAAAUGAACUGCUUCAGGGUCUGCAUGAAGGCAGUAUGAGAGAAGAGCCAAGGGUGGUUCCAGUCAUGGAGACUGAGCAGCUGCUACUGCUGCUUAAUGCUCGACAGGACCCUCCAGAGCUCACUGUGUUUGGAUGCGUCCCAGGAAAAUAGUGAUUUUUAAUUUUUUUUUCAUUUUAACUUGACAUACAUCGCCAUCUUGUGGCAGAAUGUUUGUUUGAACUGCAGUUGAAGGAUCAUUUCUGAGAACAAGCAAGGAACUUAAUGAAAAGUCGAAAUGCACGUCUUCUUUUUUUUUUUGCAAAGUGUAAUUUGUUUUUCAGAAAGUAAAAACGGCCCCAUUAGUUGACAAACAAGAUAUGUAUAAAACACGGUUCGACAAGCUAAAUAAAUUAAAAUUAUUUCUUUUUUAGGCUUUGAACUAGUCCUUAAAGUUUUUUUUUAAUUUUUUUUUAUUUUUAAAUUGCAAUUUAUGUGUAUUUUCAGAAAGUGGCUUUUAUUGUAUUUACAAGCUUGGAGCUGGUACACCACUGUUGUUUUUUUAUUCUAUUAACAGAACGGACACAAUUCGGUAGACUUCUUUCCUCGUUGCAAAUUGUGGGUUAUUAAAAAAAAUAUGCUUUAAUAGAAAACUGAACUAGAAGUAAAUAAAUGAAACACAUUUGUGCAGUUUAAACAAAAUUAAAAAAACAGCAACAAAGUGCAGACUGCAGUUUAAGUAUUGCACUGUAUUUAAUGUUACAAGAGUCCUCCGUCUCGGACAGUAAUUAUUCUUCAUUCCCAAUUUAAAUAGUUACCUCCUGUUUUACAAACGCGUACAACUCAUGAGGUAGUGUAUGAUGAGUGCUGAGCAGGCUAACUGAAGUUAAAACUGUACUCUGCUGUUACAACCAACUACUAAAAUGUGGUGGAUAAUGUAGGCUGGCUCCUGUGAUCACCACAUGAGUUUCUUUACAUGAAUUUUUUUUUUUUUUUUUUAAUAUUUGCGAUUGCAUACAUGAAUUUGAGGCAUGUGUUUUAAGUUAUAUUUGACUUUAAUAUAUAUUAAGAAUAGUGUUUUUGACAAGUGUAUAUAGAGUAAUAAUAAACGGCAUUUCUUACAUUUUUACCUGUCAUAAUUCUUUUCAGAAAUGGUUCUCAGAACUUCCCUGGUUCAGGUGUAUUGCUUUGAAGUUUCCUGGAGUAAAGUUAAAUGCCCAAGGUGCAAAAUGAAGUUAGAACAGUAAAACCUGGAUUCACAGAAAAUGUUUUGCAUAUGGACUUGUGUUUCAUUUUUAGGAAAUGGCUGGCAUCUGGUUAUACAGCAUGUGACAUACCUGGGAGAAAUAAAUCUUUCGUUUUGCAGGACACAUUGAUGGCUUUCUUCCUCAAAAUCGAAAGAGGCUACAAGGUAGACGGGUCCCGUUGUAUAAUCUGAAGCAUGGGGGGGGUCAGGGUUGAAAUUUUAAAAGGGCUGUAUUGAGAAGAUUUACAGCUGGGCUACAUUGGGUAAUCCAAUCAGGGGUCUGUGAAACUAGAUUAACAGUGUAUACAUCCCUUCAGUCACUGUAUAACUAGACCAUGUUUCUUAGCUAUAUAAAUAUUUUAUAAUGCAAUGGUUUUUUUUUUUUUUUUUUUUUUUCAAGUUUUGACACAAACCAUUUCAAAAUGUAAAUACACUUGUGACCGAAAAGGAUAUCUAGUAAUACCAAAAUACAUUGAAGAUCUGUCCAUGACCAAACAUUGACUAAAAUGUUGAGGUCACGUUCAUAUACCAUAGAAUGAUACCCACAUCACUGCUGUGCAUCUCUCAUCUUACCGAACGUAAGAGCAGGGCAGCCCAGGAUUUGUGUAACAAGUCAAACUUUUACUACAAUUCAUUUGGACUUCUUUCAAGAGAAACUGUCAUUUUGCCAAACAUGUAAGAAAUAUCUUGUUUAUUUCUAGUUUUUAAACAUGAAUAGCUCCAGAUGCAAAUAUCCCACUGAAGCUGAAGUGCAGUAAACCCUUUCAUGGCUCGGUUCUUGUGCAAACUGGUCAGAUUUUAAACGUGGGUAUUCAAAAUGAGAAUUGAGAGACUACCGGUAUAUAUUUUACAUCUCGUUUUCUAGAAAUGAACAAGAAAUCAAUACCUACAUAAAACAAAACAAAAAAAAAAAGACCUUUUUAUCUUACAAGUGAUUUGGUAGUCGUGGAGCACACUCAGUUGAGUAACGUUUCAGUGAAGGCUGUAUACAAGAAUAACAAAGUGGAUUUCUGCAAAACUGCUGAUCCUAUUUUAUAGACCAAUUUUACUGGGG